AUGGAUGAAACCGCGGUAAAAACCUCCUGGACUGCGAUAGUUUUGACCUGUCAAAACAAAACGAGUGCAAGGGUUCUCCAGACAGGUAAAACAUUGUUAAGAGCUUACAGUCUGUUUUAAUUGUGGUUCAAAAAAAAUUGAAUGUAAGAUUAAUAUGUUCGCGUAACAGGUCCUCACUGAACGAGCGAGGAUUAGUCCGAGAGCUCUUGUUCAAAAUAAAUAAAUUGCCAUUCAGCAUGAACAUUACACGGAAUUUCUAUUUUGCGGAUUGGCGAUUCUUCUCGUCUUGCGAAAACAAAUUUUAGUGGGUAAAGGUCACUGAACUUUCUAAAGGAAAGUGAUUUUUGCGAUUCUUGUUUGAGCAGCCAUACAUGAAAAACAUUGACAAGGAGAAGAUUCUUUUUUGCUUAUCAAUUGCGUUUAGUGUACUCCGUUUAGAUAAGAACCCAUUUCGGUGUCGUUUCAAAAAUGUAACUUGGCACAACUGCAUUGCUCGAGUGAGUUGAGCGUGUCUAAGCAACCGCAGACUAUCAUGUCUUUCCAAAAAUUUAUGUAUACUUACGUACGAUGCUUAAGAAAAGAACUUUCUUUGUCCUCACUUUAACGUGUAUGCAAGCCAUUCGACAAAUAUUAGGGUUCAAAUGUCAUGAAAUCUUCAAGCAAUAUAUUGCACUUUCUGUCGGUAUACUGACAUAAUAACACUCUUGGGGUGUUGGGAGAACAGGAGCAAAUUUUUUAAAUUACAAGCCGGAGCCGAGUGAUUUACAAACGAUUCUCGUGCUUUCCCAACAUCCCAAGUGUAUUACUAUACCGGCGAUCAUAUAGAAAUUUCUGUCUAUUACCAUUAUUAAAUAAACUUCAAAUUUCUUCGGGCUAACCGGUACAAAAAGUAAGUGUUCAUAACUGUUUAAACAUUUUCUCCAACAGAACUUGAACUUCGUCAAAGUAAGGGAUUGAUUAGCAAAGAUACACUGGUGUUGGCUCUUGAGGACCCCAGAGGGGAUGUUGGAAGUGGUGGGGCUACGCUGAAUGCUUUGUUAGUUGUCACUGAGCAUCUUAGCGCUAAAGCUGGUUUUCAGGUUUGGGUCAAAUAAUGUCUUAUUUUCCUUCUAAUGAGUAAUCUACUGUAAAGGGUUUGGUGGCAAACAAACAAAGUGGUCAUUCAGGACUUAUGCACAACUUGCUGGCGUCUUGUGCAACAAUAUUCGAUGGGCACACAAUCAUUUUAAAUGUCUUAAUUCAGAAGUGGCGAGGUGACCGCUCACUGAAUAACCGAAGUAAACUAAAUAGAUGAGUGCCGGACAAAACAUGAAAAGUAGAGGGACUUAAUUACUAUUUCGAGUUUUUCUACAAAUUUGAGGGCAUUAGAAACGUCACCGCUGGUAAGGGUUCUGUCAAUAUACCUCUUAAAAAUAAAUCGAUUUUUUGGCGUUGUGUUUGGCAAAAAGCGAAAUAAAUCAAGGUACGGACUAAUGUUCCUCAGGUUCUUAUUUGUGUUGAUAAACGCAUAUGAUAACUACUUGUACUCUUUCAGGUCGCUAAUGAAAGUGUUCUAGAGAACGCAAACAUUCUUCUAAUGCACAUGGUAAGUGAUGUUUAUAUCUAACAGGGUGCGUUUUACAAAGAGCAUGAUCAGGGGAACGAUUACAUUCUCCAAUAAGAACUCAGAAGCGACCUGGAAACAUUCAUCCAUUUGGUAACGAUAUUUCAUGUUAAAGCUUCUUAUUUCUCUACACUGUGACUAAGGGAGUAUUUAUUAGGCGUUGUAAGUGGCUACGCAACUAGCGAUUUGAAGAGAAGCAGAUCAUCUUUCUUUAGCAAGCGCUGCUUUGAGUCGGCUCUCGCGAACUUACUUCGCAGAAGAGUUUUUAAGACAAGAGAGAAAUGGCCCGUGAUCCACUAUUUUUUCCUCACUGCAGUUGCUUAUGUGGAUUUUUCAUCGGCAUGUCUUAGUUCAAACUUACUAACAAAUCACUUCCGUAGUCUGCAAACCCUCUCUUUCAAAAUGUGGCCAAGCUUAAACAUUUCUGAUGAAAAUUAGUUUUCCUUGAGAGUAAAGAAUCAUUUUCCUAUCCAAAACUGUGCACUUGCUCUCGAAUUAAAACAGAAGCUUUGCGCCUCUCGGGAAAUGGCUGAGCGAUUGGCAGAGUCAGAACCGUGCAAAAAUAAUUGAAGACGUUUUAUUUCAUUUUCCUUUCUAACAGAAGGGUGGGGAUUUUCCAUUUAGUCCUUGUGGAAGAUUCUUUAACACUCUACCUGCUAAACAUUCGGAAGAAUCAAAAGAGAAUCUGUACGAUGCUCUGGUGACAAACUUCGACUACAUGCUCCAUGUUAUCUCAGAGACGGUGAGACAGCGUGUGUGGUAAAGUAUUUCUAUGAUGCGUUUACAUCCAAAGGAGAGGUCUGCUUCGGGAACCGUGCAGUGUUUAUCUCCGUUGUCAAAAAGUAUUUUCAAAAAUCUACUAUUUACUGCGUUUCGAGAUUCCAAAGUGCAACCUAAAGGUCUCCAUAUUGUCUCCCAACGUGACAAAAUUUCAGUUAUGGACGCCGCCAAUUUUGCAAAGAACUCACGCGGUUCAUGAACUAGCUCUACUGCUUUCUAAAUAGUCCCCUCCCCCCUUUAAAAAAAACAGUUUUUGAAUAAAUAAUAUUGUUUAAGGAGCAUACGUGGCAGGCCUUUUGAUAAAGAUAAAUAUAAAGACCUAUUAUGGCUAAAGAGAAUAAUCUGAUGGAAUACUUUUCAGCGGCUUGGAAACUUGGGUUUGUAAAAUGGGACUACUUCUGUUAACUUUAUUUUAAGUUUCUUCUUUAAAUAGCUAUCGGCAAACGCCCAUGCGGGAGUGUGGAUUUGUAGUGCAGAUAUGCUUCCGUCCGUGGAUCCUCAAAAAAGUAAGUACAAAAAUUAAAUAAAACAAACAAAUGCAAGAAAAUUGAACGUGCGCAUUUCUUGGAAAACUUGAUAAUUGCAGGUACAUCAAAGUUAUUUAAACAUUGAACAUAUGUGUAGCUUUGUGCAACUUUACACGCAUUUCCGUCUAAUUCGCUGUCGUUACUCCUAAGGAAUUGAUUGGAACAAGCUUUCAGAUGAAAUUAUCGUGAUUCUCUCUCAAGAAAAUGUGCAAUAUGCAAAGGAUCACGGGGUUGUGAAACUGGGAGAGGAGGUAUGGCUGACAAAUCUUUUGAAGGGUAAUUUAUCUACUGGAAAGCUUUUCAUGGUAUCAGUUAUUUGAACCUAAAUUAAAAAGCAGGUUUUUCCCUUUGUUCUUUUCCAGGGCAAAGUAAAAGACAUAAUAUUUCGAGAAACUGAAGACGAAAUAAGAAAAUGUGCCCUUAGCAACGGCAAAGUAGCAGUGGUAAGUUGGGGGUCAUUCCACUUAAGUUGAAAAGAAUUUGGAAUCGAUAAGUAUGUGUACUUUACCAAAGAAUAUAAAAUUUCUUAAACGUAGCUCUUCUGUAAUCAAUUAGGGGAAGAUCCCGAAUAUUCCAAUUUUUUUGGAAGAAAAAGUUUUCGUUGAGAGCGUGUAAUCCGCGCUACAAACUUAGACGGUACUUAAUUUGACAGAAGCAUCAUUUCUUGGAAUUCAUUUGCAGAUUAUAUGGCAGGCUUUCGGCCAAUCGUAAGGGAGAGAAAUUUCAUCAAAUGACAUCUUAUUUUAAUUCAGGCGUUUUUUGGCAAUGAAAGGAAGGGAAUAAGUGACUGGCUAAAUGAUAGAGGGUAUUUGAUAUAAGGUAAAUUAUCUUUAACGGUUCAGUUAAUGAUUCCUUGGCUGUCUUAUCAACAGGUUGUCGGUACAGUGUACAUGAAUGCCAAAGUGGCAUCAAAGAUGCUAAAUCUUCAUGUCUUUCAUCCUCUGGACGCGUGCACUUAUUAUGGUCUGGACAACGGAGCGGAGCCAAUCCAGGUAAAGUCGCUAGUGCCCAUAUAAAAAUUUAUGAAACACGCUGCCCAACAUUCUUAAAGGCCUAUAUCGUGAGGUAGGUUGUGGUUAGUCAUCAAGGUAAAUAACACUUCAAAAGAAAAAUAUAAUCGUUUGUCUCCGGAUGUGGUUACUUCAGAUGUGGAUCUGCUAGUCUUCGUCGGGCCCAGGCAUAGGUUUGAAUAGCUCAGUUGAAGAAAUUGGGAAGGAACUCGCUGGCAAGAUCAGUCCCUGUUCACAUUUAGUAUACCGGAUAAAUUCGAAAAAAAGAAUAAGUUUGCUUUGGAGACCAUUACUUUUCUUGCAUCUGAUAGUUAUCGAUGAUCUUUGACAUCCUUCUCUGCCUGGCUGAAGAUGUAACGGAGUCAGAUUUUGUUUGUGGUGAAAGAAGUGGUUCGUACGGACGACGCAAUACUCGGUAUGAGACAAGCAGGGGUUAUCAGAGCCAGCUGAUGUUGAUGAGAAGCGCGAGAGCACAGCUCUGGAAAAGUCUCCUAGGAUUACAACUAAAAGGAGGUUUGGCGAUAUAUUUUUAGUAUUCAACUUAAAACGUUGCCGCGGUCUGGCAUUCCUUCAACACACUUUCUAGUCAGAGACGUUGAGGCCUUAGAGUUGGUGCACUUUAAUAAGGAGUUUUAGAUCCACGUUUGGAUUGUUCACCGCAAACGUCAAACCGCGGUCAGCACUUUGUGGUUAGAAGUUAGAAGUUUUAAUCUUUUAGAUCGACGUCGGAUAUCACCUGAAAAAAAUUGACAUGUGCGCCGUCAUCUUGAACUACACAAAGGGUGGAGGUCUUUUACUUCAAGCACAAAAUGUGGCUGAAAGAAUGGUUUUCUAGCGUCCCAAACGGAAUGGUUACAAAGAAAAGACUUCACUUCACUUACAAUUAUAGGAAAUACGUGAUAACUUUCAAACAGGAAGACAAAAAGGGUCAAGGAAGUUUAACUACCUGAAACUGCCAUGCCCGAAGUUCAAACGUAGACGGCAAACGUGACCACUGGAGUCUGGUCACGUGACUCCUAGACGUUUGCGGUCACACGUAUUCAGAGACAAACGUGGAUCUAAAACUCCCUAAUAUGCUGGAAAUAGCUUGUGUACAAAUUACUGAGAAAAAUUUUGUUCUGAACAGUUCUCAUCGAAAACGGAACCCUUGAUUACAUGAAGGCCUCUGGGGAAUGUUACAGGAGACAAAUGCUUAGCAGCACUAACCUGCUUAACUUCAGUGGAAAGUCAUUUGACUGCAAUAGACUCACGCAUGUAACCCCAUGUAUGGUAAGUGUGAAAUAUCUCCUUACUGAAUCAACGAAGUUUGAAAUAAAAAUCAUUUCAGAAUGGUGUCACACAGCCGCAACCAAGUUCCCUUCCAGAGAUAUUUAUGUCACAUUAUUCAAACACAAAGAGAAAAGACAUCACAGUACUCACUGCUCCUUUUUACCUCAUGGCAUGACGUUAGUCAUAUUAUGUGGUUAAGCUAUUCACUCAUUUACUCAGUAACACACUCUCUCCAUUCUGAUUCGUUAAGAAAUUCAAUAACUUGCACGUGGAUUAGAAAUGGUAAUAGGAUUGAAUGGAGUUCAAUUUGGUCUGUAAUCAUGCUAGUGUUAACAAAUCGGACGACCGCGCAGAGGGGAGUCUUAUUUAUUAAUUAUUUUCUAUGAUUAUACAUGUUAUCCCCUGCCUCCCAUACGACGUCUGGUUCUGUCCUUAAAGCCAUUCUGUUGUCCUCUAUGUGUACAGAGUGAAAGUUUUAGUGACUACGGUUCUUCUGUUGUAAUCAAUUCCAUCAUUGACGAUAGCAUCAUAAUACGGAAGGAUUCAGUUGUGUCGCACUGUCACUUGAAGGUCAGUUUGUAAAUACUCAAAUCCCGGAAAAGAUCGACAUUUAACUUCCCUUUUCGAUGCUUCUUUGAGUAAAUUAGUAUUGUUAACAGAAAAACCCCGCUGAAGAGAGUGUUAAUUUAAUACUAAAUUCUCAUUACCAAAUUGGAAAGGAUUGCUUGGCAUGUGGAGGGUAGAAUUAGGAAUUGAGACCUCAAGAUGGAAGCUGCUCUAUCAAGCUUCUAAGGAAUUUUGAAAGCAGACAAGACUCGACAAUUAACAAUUAAUAAUAACAAUAAUUAAUAAUAAUGAUAAUAAUAACUUAUAGUUAGUUCAACAGAAGUUGAUUGUACAGGCGUGACCCUAUAAUUAAUUUGUUACGGCUUUUAAUCACGGUCGAGCUCUGGGUGAUGAUUUAGGAGGAAAUGUAUGGUCUGUGAAAAGACUAAUUUGACUGUAAUAGUCAACACGAUGAAUAGUAGUCUGAAUGAGCUCAUCCUUGUUGGAGGCUAAUUCUAUCAGGUUUUAUUGUUUUAAUUUUUUCCUUCUAUACUUUUAUCUAAGCGGAGAUGUUUUUUGUAUUUCAGGGUGGUAUGCAGUUUGGAUGUGGGUCUGUCUUGAUUGGUCUUACCUCGAGAGACCUCGAGGUAUGUCUGUGGUCAUGCUUCCUUACAAUCGAAGUACGAUGGAAUUUACAAACACUCGAGAAACCAGCUUGUAGAUCGCCGCUGCUUCACGAGAGAAUCGAAAUUGGAAAGGGGCCGUAAGCUCCCGGUUGUACAAAGUUAGAAGCCAGCAAAUACUAAUGUCCUAGAAUGAUUUUCAUCUUCAUUUUCCUCACAAUUUCAACUCAUCAUCCAGAAAGGUGACAAGAACAGGUGAAUUUACCUUCAAUAGGAUGGUAACACCGUUGCAAAUUCCCUUUACAAAUUUACAAGGAAUAAUUAUAUUGCAGCAAAAGGGAGAAGAGAGCAGAAGGGAAAACUGCAAAUCAAACCUCAAACCUGGGGACUUAAAGGGUUUAAUAAUUUUCUUAUCUUCAUAGGGUUUUUCUUUAUUUGGAGUCAGUUUUCCAAGCGAUAUGUGUAUCAUACGCUGUCACAUAUCUCUCCCUGGUCUUGAUGUAAAGCAACAGACGGUUUUGGUUGCAUUUGGAGUUCAUGAUGAUUUACAGGUUAGAUUUCUGCGAUGCCCAGUUGCUUAAGAGCUUUUAACGCUAUACAGCAAUAACUCACUGUCCAGCAAAUAAGGACUGACAAAAUGCUAUCGGAUGGAAAAAUACCCAGCGAGUAGCGUUAUCCACCCUUCGAGGAUCUUGGACCUGUACUUGUGUUUCUGAAUGCGGAGAUGUUCAAUGAACUUUGCAAAGAAUUGGAUAGAGAUGGCGAUUUUCUUGUGACUAAUGCCAUUUUGACAAAGUUUGCAUUGAUAACUAAGAAAACAAAUGCAGCAACAAUAACAAAUUUUAGAGAACAAACUCUCGGUCCAAUCUUCAAUAUCAGUUUUUAUACAAGUUAAAGAAUCGCAUGAGUAAUAGCAAUAACGAUUGACAACAGAGCUUAGAUAUAACUUACACUCGGCUUAAACUGAUCUCCGCAGGUGCCAUAUAUGUCCCCUAACAGUACUUUCUGUAACACGCCUUGGAAGAACUUUUUUGACAGAGCUGGAAUAAGUUCUGAGGAAGUUUGGCUCGGAGUGGUAAGUCAGCAUACGCACAGUUGGAACAUGCUAUGUAAGCCUGGUACUGUUCCAUGCAGUAACAAUCAGUGACGUGUUUCAGUCCCGCAGGGUCUUGGCACUAGAGUAGUUGAUUGAUUAUCCACCAAUGUUUCCUUUUUGUAUUGUCUUGUUCAAUCUUUUAUUUUGUCUUUUGAGAAUAGCAACGUAACUUAAAAUAAAUAAAUAAAUAAGAAUCAAGUUGUAAUCAGCAUAUGAUGCAAGACCGGCUUUUGUGAUACGAAUAUGUCCGCUUGUUUGUUUCAGCCAGAACAAGAGAGAUGUCUUUGGAACGCGAAACUCUUCCCUGUUGUUUAUUUCAACCUCCACGACGAGAAAAGAGAUGUAGCGCCCACUGUCUUGGAACUUGUUAUACAAAUUCUGUUUUCCAGCUUUUCAACCGAAAAAAGUAGAACAGAUCCAAAUCAGAACCAGGUCAAGAGGUCAGAUACACAUGGUCUUCCAUCCGUUCUUGGAGAUCGUAUUUAUGGAUUUGAAGAAGUAAUUUUGAGGUGCGUUUGAAACGAAGAUAACAGGGGGGGAAGGGUGAGUCCCAUGCGGUCAAAGCUAUCAAAGGUCUCCAGCUGUAUGACUUGGGAGUAGGUUCUCUUGGCUCAACGGUACGAGUUGCAGUUAUCGGGUUAUUUCAAAGAAGUCGGAGGACAAACCCUGGCCUUGGGCUCUGACCCUAUACCGAGGCCUUCAAAAAUUGCUCUCUCUUCGUAAUUAUUUAAGACCUUUGAUGUGUAACACUUCUCAUUCUCAGGCUUAUCACAUCUACACGGAAGGCGGAUUGAGUAAGCCUCUUCCCUCCUCCUCUCUUAAAAAUAAUUGGAUUCAAAGAUUGGAAAUAAGAUUCUUGGUAAAACUUUUCCAUGAACCCCUUGGUAAAAGCGAUACCCGUCUCGCAAAAUUUUCGGUUCCUCGUAAUUAGGCCUCUAACCGAGUCUUUCAUUUACAAUCCCAUGAUGCUUUUGGCUAAAGUAGCUUAUGAUGUUUUUUUUCUAGGUGGCGCUCCUCAGUUCGGCUAUCACUGAAGGAAAUCAUGUCCUUGAUUGAUUCGUCAUCAGAGUUUGCAUGGAGAAAAAAACUAUGGUUUGAAAUUGGAAAAGCGCAAGUGAAUAACACAUUAAAAAACUGCACGAAUGAUUGCCUGCUGCCUUUUUUGAAGGGCUGUGUAAAAGAAGGUUUCGCGAAGGAUACUUUGGACAUUUUAGAUCAAGGUAAUCACGUGCUUAAAAGAAUCAAGCUUAGCUAAAAUUAUUUGAUGUAAAGGGAAUCAUAGAGAACGCUGUUUAGUUGAGCGUCUGAAAACAAAUUAGUGCGGAGUCAAAACAAACAACCUUUUCAUUAUUUUUUUCCAUUCCCCAGUUGCAUCUACCGCCACCUCCCCAGGAGUGGUUGCACGGACCCUGGCCUGUAUUGCUGACGUGUUGGGAGUGAUGGCAGGAGAGAGGGCUGGGCUAAGAAGUGGACCAGCCCGCAAUGAAUCCUGGGUGAAUGCGUUUGAUCUGCUCGAUGUAAGUGUAAAACUGGUAGCUAUCAUCAACAAAGCAAGGGACUCUGGAUAAAGCCUUUUUAUAUGUGUGAAUCCUUUUGAUUACUGAUUUUUUAUAUCUAUUUAAAAAACUUUUCUCCCCAAUUGUAUGCAUUUGAAAGCAUCUCGUGAAAUAAGCUUUCUUAGGCAAUAGUAUAGAAUGAGUAUAAUUACACGUAUUUCUAUCUCUUCUUUUUUCAUUCAUAGAAAGGUGAUAUACCUGCGGGUGUGAAAGCUCUCGCAGAGGAGCGCUCGCGUUGGCUUGACAGGCGAGUAUAAAAAUCAUGUCAAUUGCAGGAGAAAAUAAACACUUACAUGCUUGUUGGUUAUUCAGCAGACCUGAUUUACUGAUCCGAGCGGCUCGACAUUAUGAAGGAGCGGAACAGAUUCUGAGGAGAAGGGCCGUAUUCACAGCUAAACAGGUGCGCUUAUUCCCUGUUAUUCCCUGUUAGUGCCUGUCAUUUACUUUCAACUUUGAAAUUAUGGACCUUCCUCAUUAUAAAUCACUUAAAAACGAAACUUACUAAACCUAUGUCGCUAAUCAUAAUAUACAUUUUAAUAUGAAGUCAUUUCUGGUACUUACUGAUAUUCUGAUCUUUUGCAGUUUUUUGUCACUGAGAAGUGCGAAUCCCUUCCCAUUGGUCAUUGGGUGAUAGCUGAGGCACCUGGUAAAUAAUUUUUUCAAUGAACACAUUGGCCUACGAACAGGCCCUCUACCCGUAUCUCCACGGGAAGAUUAUUGGAGACCAGUCGGGAAGAGGUUUAUUGGAAGUCUGGCACUGAUGUUACCUCAUUAUCAGUGUUAGACAAGGCACUAAUGAAGGCCUGUUCGCAAGCUGUGAACGCAUUGAUCAUUGAUAAUGUGGUACAAUUCAUUGAAAUACUUCAGAUCUUCCACGGACAAGCGUUUGCAAGUUCCUUCAUUUCAGUAACAGUUACCCGGUAGGAUCUGGGUACGAGAUGAGUUGCCACAUUAAUAUUACUUACCGGUAGUUGCAAAUAUGUUAUGUUAUGUUCUUUUACGUGACGUCAUAUCCAUGGUACAAAUUAAAUGUCUACAUUACUUGCCAUUUAUAUCAAAUUUAGCCCGGGCUGAUUUAUCUGGCUGUUGGACUGACACUCCACCCAUAACGUAUGAACAUGGAGGAGCUGUACUAACUGUCGCCAUUAACCUAAACGGAAAGGUAAGAUUUGAUACUCUCAAGAAAUAACUCAUCAGCAAAGCGCUUAGAAAAAUUCCCCUAGCAAUAGAAGACUAGUUGAAACUGUCACGUCAAUGUGGCAUCCAUCGUGACCAAGUCAAAUUGGAUUUUACAAAUAUCAAUCAGUCAACAGCAAAUUUGAGAGAAAGUUUUCAUGUCUUCUGUAGUUCUAAAAAUAACUGUACAUGAAUAACGCAAUCACUUUUGUACUUAAAAAGCUGUUCGUUAUGAUCUCUGUUGUAGAAAGUAACUGGAGCCAGAGUUAGGAAAAUUCAGGAGUGAGUAAGCUUUGAUUUUGUAGUAAGCCUAUAUAUUCGUGAAACUGUUAUAUUAGCGCAUAAGUCUCAGACGAAUCAUUCCACGACAAAUCUUGUUUUAUAGAGCAUACUCGUUGUACGUUCAAAGUGAUACAAAAGUGCAAAUACAGUCUAAUAUCCGCUCUGCCUUACGAAAGCAAAAAAAAGCUGCCUCUUAUUUGUUCUUAUUUGUUAUCCAUUAUGGUGACUUUAUUGAUAUGUGUAAAUCUUCAUUCCACAGGUGUGAAAUAGUUCUCGUGAUUCACUCAGGAGAGCAUAGCGUCAAAGUUGUCUGCAGGGAAUUAUCAGACUUAGCAAAUUUCACCCAACCACAUGCACCAGGUCAAUAUCGUAAAAUAAUCAAUCUAAAUUGAAAUAAACUGGUACACGCACCAUGUGCUCGAUAGAUUUGCUAUGAAUGGCAUUCUGCUAUCAGGCGCUGCUCUUUUGAAAGCCUGCAAGUAACUGGUUUAUUAUUUGCUCUGUGAUUCAGUUACUGCAUAAUUUCGCGCAUAAAUAUUGGUUGGUGUAUUUUUUCGUUGAGCUAUUAGUACUUCCUAAAAUUGACGCAUGCUGAUUUUAGCGCAUUCUUUGUGCACUGUACCACCACAUACUCCUUCCGUUUUUAUUUUCAAAAAAAAUUUUAUUUGCAAUGGGAAAAAUCAAACGCAAGAGAAAAAGAUAGUCUAAACCUAACUGCAGGUUGUAUUUCAAAGGAAUAAAUAUAAAAAGACCUCCCAAAAUUUUACGUUAUCUUUAGUUAAAAUGGGCAAUUUCUCUUUUAGGUGCCCUUCUAAAGGCAUGCAUUUGCUUUCUGGACAUUGUGACUCUUCCUUCAAGCGAAAAAUUAUCCGAACAGUUAUUCAGAAAAUACCAAGCUGGCUUUGAGCUUCACACCUGGUCAACCGCUCCUCAAGGGAGUGGGCUGGGCACAAGUAGCAUUUUGGCGGGAGUUAUCCUGGCGGCGCUUUUACGCUCGACUGGCUGUACAGCCAGCAUAGAUUCACUAAUUCACGGCGUGAUGAUCGUAGAACAGAUGCUAACUACGGGCGGUGGCUGGCAAGAUAACGUUGGAGGACUGAUGCCUGGUUUCAACAUCGCUCGGUCCCAGGCCACCUUGCCUUUGAAAGUAGAAGUAGAGAAAUUAAAUCUUCCGCAAGCCACUAUCGAUGCCUUAGCAAAACGUUUGCUUUGCAUCUAUUCAGGAAAGCCUCGUCUUGCCAAGAAUUUAUUACAGGUACAAUGGUAGGAAUGAGGUUAUUUUCUGAUUAAGAGUCGAUGUUAAUCUUGGAUGGAAUUGAUUUUGUUUCAAUUCUAGCCUUCAUAGCUGACAGUUUUAUUCACGCGCCUCAAAACGAUGAGCGUCGGAGGCGCAAAAUUUAACGACGAAGCUGUGAAAGGUCUGUGACAAAAGAGCUCCGCUGUUCCCUUCAUUUUCAUGGAGGGUGCUUAAAACUGCGAGCUACGCAAACUACUUUAUUUCUCUUCGUGAUUGGUCUUAACAGAAACGCCACCCUUUUAACCAGAUCCAAAAAUCAAAUCAAUAACUACCUCAUUGCUCGUCUUUCCCUACGAGACAAACAGUAAGCACGCUUGGAUUUUGUCUUUCAGGAUGUUGUCAGGAAUUGGUACGCAAGAUUUCCAAAGAUUACUGUAAACGCAGAUGAUUUGGUAAAAAAUGCAGAAGAGGCUUCUAAAGCUUUGAGGGGAGGUAGGAUAAGGCGUUUAACGUGUCUCUGAUUCCUCACCGUAAAACCCUUUUAACGUACCUAUCAUUAAAGCCUGUGAAUUCGAUAAGUUAGCAGAUUGACCCUUAUUCCAAAAUGAAACAGAGUGAAUUAGACCAGUUUGACUAGUCAGUUUAGUAGAAAAUACGUGGUACUCUUCAAGGAUUAGUGGCUUAUCUGUUCAUAAGCUGCGGCAAAGUAUCUUCGAAAUCCUUUUUGCAAAGAAAUGUCUGUUUUUGCCCCGGUUUUUCGUCUGAUUCUUAUUUUCAUUUUUUUUUUUUGCUGUUGCUAUUUUUAAUUUGAUAAAUUUUCAGUCGAAAAAAAAAUCCUUGUGAUGCGAUGUUUUAUCAUGAGACAUUUUUCCCCAGGAAAUAUUGAAAAGCUCGGCGAGUGUAUGAACUGCUAUAGGAAACAGAAGUGUAUCAUGGCAUCUGGUGAGUGAAUGUAUAAAAGCAGCACCUAUUUUUGUGCUCAUCUGGAGUCAAAAAUGCAGCGUCAGUCACAAAUGGGUUUUUGCUUCUCAACUCAACGCUGACGAGUUAGUAAACUAAGUAUUACAAGAGGGUCUCAAUGGGGUGAUGGCUUUUACGGCUAUCGAUUAAAAUUUUGGCCAAUUUUGGGCUAACGGUUAACACCUUUCCAUUGUUUCCACCAGAGAUAUUUUUUACAGUUAACUUUUUUUACGACUAACGGUUAAAAUUUGUCAAUUUUUACGUCUAACGGCUAAAUAUUUUGGCCGUUUUACGGCUAACGGUUAACCCCAUUGGGACCCUCUUAAAAACCACUCAUUCUAUGAUUCGUCUCUAAUUUUACAGGUUCAUUAUUUAAUAUACUCUACUGCUGGUAAAAGUCCUAAAAAAGACUAGCAUUUGGCGUGAUGGCAAAGAAAACUUUAGAGAGAGUCGCAAAUUUAUCUAGGGAUGAUAUAUGGUAUAUACCUUAUGCUUAUUAAUCUUCAGAUGAACUAGUUUAAAAUACUCAACUAACUUUGCGCUUCGUGAUCUCAAACAGGAACCGAACCUAAAGGCAUAAGCGAAAUGAUGAAAGCUCUUGAACCUUUAGUAUUAGGUCAGUGAAUGACUAUAAUUAACAACACAUACGUUGAGAAUCUAUCGUGAACUUUGGAAUUAUGAUUAGACUAGGGGAAUUUUUAUGCCACUGAACAGUUGCUAUAAAUGCCAGAAUAUCAUGCACUACAAACAUGAGUAUGCCUCUCAGUAACCUUGUCUUCUGGGUCCGAAGUAUAAGUUACGGAAGAAAAGCAAGGACCCGUGACUAAUGGUGCUGAAUAAGAAGACAAGAUAAGAGACAAAAGAUAUAUCUACUGUGGGGCACACAAGUCUGGGAAGGAUUCUUUUAAUGAAAAAGUUAAUUAAAUGACUUACGAGGGUAGCAAGCUGAAAGCGUCACUUUAAAAUCACUUUCAUUUACUUUCGAAAGAGAAUAAUGGCAACAAAUGAUAUAUUUUGGCAACGAAAGUAGGAUACGGCUUGAAACAGAUACCAACCAGGUACUCUUAGUAGCUAAGAGAUGUAAUACUGAGAGAUGGGGAUUGAUCUGAAGUCAUCACCUCUGUAAAUGUCUUCAUUAUAGGACAAACUUUGACGGGUGCAGGAGGAGGAGGCUUUCUUGUGCUUCUUACUAAAGAGCCCAACAUGGCGGAUAAAGUGAGGGCAGUGAUAGAAAGAAACAAGGUAACCUUUCUUGAAUAUUCAAAGAUUCGUGCACCAGAAACCUCUCCUCUACUCCAACUCUAUGGAACAUCUCACACGACGUCACAGAGGCCAUAAUGGUGCACCAACACAGCAAAAUGGCGGCUUACCUUAAAAUACUCUAGUUUGUUCAACACUGGAUUUUUUUUUCAGCCUUCAGACGAGCUGGCGUUUUUUGAAGCAAGUAUAGACUUAGACGGGCUCACUGUGAGAGUAGAGGAAGACUGGGACGGG